CAACAUUGAUAAUAAGAAAAUAAGCAAUAAAAUUUUCGGCAUUGACCUUGGAACAACUAAUUCCUGCAUUGCUGUUAUGGAGGGCAAGGACACAAGAGUAUUAGAGGCUCUGGAUGGGUCACGCACCAUUCGCUCCGCAGUAACUUAUAGCAAAGAAGAAGGGAGAUUUUUAGUCGGAACUGAUGCCGCUCGCCAAGCCGCAAUUAAACAAGUUAUUUUCUCAGUUAAAAGAUUGAUGGGACAAGAACUCGAAAAAAGCGAGAUUAGAGAAAAAUAUAAGGAUAGAUUUAUUUUCGGCCGAGAUACCAAAGAUGGUGAAGAAGUGUUAUUAACGCCGGAACAAAUCUCCGCACACGUGCUAAGUUAUUUAACUGGUUAUGCUGAGGAUAGAUUAGGAGAAAAAAUUAAGAAGGUGGUAAUUACUGUCCCUGCUUACUUUGAUGAUAACCAAAGGCAAGCCACCAAAAAUGCGGGAAUAAUCGCUGGUCUCGAAGUGGAAAGAAUUAUUAAUGAGCCUACUGCGGCCGCACUGGCCUACGGGUUAGACAAGGCAGAAAAAGGACAAACUAUCCUAGUUUAUGACUUAGGAGGAGGAACCUUUGACGUUUCGGUUCUCCAAAUUUCCGAAGGUGUUUUUGAAGUUCUUUCCACCGCCGGAAUUAAUACCUUGGGUGGUGAUGACUUUGACAAAAAAAUAGUUGAUUAUUUAAUUCAAGAAUUUGAGAAAAAAAACAGGAUUAAUUUGCGAACCAAAGACCAAAAAGAGAUGGACCGUCGUAUGACUCUACAAAGAUUACAAGAAGCUGCUACUAAGGCCAAGCACGAGUUAUCUGGCAGUUUAGAAACUACGGUCGCUCUACCUUAUAUUGCUUCAAAAAAUGGAGAAACACUUCACCUUGAAAUAAAGAUUACCCGAGCCAAAUUUGAGAAACUAAUUGAAGGACUUGUCAAAGAAACGAUGAAAGAGGUUGAUAAGGCUCUUCAAGAGGCGAAAAAAAAAUCAGGAAAAGGAUUAGAGAUUCAGCAAAUUGUUUUGGUUGGAGGUUCAACCCGUGUGCAGUUGGUUCAGGAAGAAAUUAAAGGGAGAUUCGGGGACAAAAAAAUUAACAAGUCAGUUAAUCCAGACGAAGUGGUAGCCAUUGGGGCGGCUAUUCAAGGUGCGGUUUUGCGUGGAGACAUUAAAGAUAUUGUGCUCUUGGAUGUCACGCCGCUUUCCCUAGGUAUUGCUACACUAGGGGCCCGAGGCGAAGGAGAAGUUAACGAUAUAAUUAUUCCGCGUAAUACUACUAUCCCGACCUCCGUUAGCCGUGUUUACUCGACAGCCGAGGACAAUCAAACUAGUGUUCAUAUUAGGCCGUUACAAGGAGAAAGAACCCGAGCCAUGGAUAAUAAAGUAUUAGGUAGUUUUGAAUUGAGUGGUAUUAAAUCGGCUCCACGGGGAGUUCCCCAAAUCGAGGUUACUUUUAGUAUUGAUUCUAACGGAAUAGUUAACGUUAAAGCCCAAGAUAAAGAAACCGGAAAAAAGGCAGAAAUUACCAUUCGGGAAAGCCAGAAUUUAAGCGAAGCCGAAGUGCAAAAAAUGGUGCAGGAGGCAGAGGAAAAUCGAGAAAAAGAUGAACAAUUUAAGAAGAAUGUGGAAACACUGAACCGAGCACAAACUUUCUGUUAUACUUUUGAGAACCAAAAAAAAGAAUGGAAAAAGCAUAAAAAUUUUAAGGAAGAUGACCCCCAAUUCCAACAAUACCAAAAUUAUUAUAAUGAUUUACAAAAGGCGGUGGAUGAGAAAGAUUACGAGAAAAUAAGAGAGGAAAGUAAGAAAAUUGAGGAGUUAAUGAAACUAUCCGAAGAAUUAAGACAAAAAAUGCCAUCCCAAGAAAGCGAGAAAAAAGAAGGAGAGGAGGAGGAAGAAAUUGUGGAUAUUCAACCUGAGGAAAAGGAUAAAGAAUAA